AUGGGCAUACCACAAGCGCAACUCUAUAAUCCACUAGAUAUUGGAUCGAAAGACAUUCGCCUACUGUCGCUCUCUCCGGGGGCUGAUGGUGAAGAACUCAUAUGCAGCUUAUCUCAGUAUUCCCUACCAAAUGCGCCGACAUACGAAGCGUUGUCAUACACAUGGCAAAAUCCAGCUCAUCCAAUCGACGAGUCCAUCAACCUACAGGAAUCUAAAUUCAAUGUCACGUGGAAUUUGCAUGAAGCACUUUGUCAUCUUCGCACCGAAAACACAACACGAACUCUUUGGAUAGAUGCAAUCUGUAUCAAUCAAGAUGAUUUGGACGAGCGUGCACAACAGGUACCAUUUAUGAAGGACAUUUACCGCAACGCAGGCCAUGUUGUGGUCUGGCUGGGC